UUCACUUUAGUAUCCAACUGAAAAGAUGAAAUUCUUCAUUAUUUUGCUCAUACUGGCUUACAAAGAGGUGAGCAGUCAAAGCGGAGAUACUGAAGGAAAUUGCCAAAGAGUUGUCAAUAUAUUCCCUGCCAAACUCAAAGAACUGAGAACAUCCUUUCAGAAAGUCAAGAAUUAUUUUCAAAUGAAGGAUAAUGCAUUGGAAGUUAUAUUACUGCAAGAUAAUCUGUUAAAUGACUUCAAGAGCUCACUGGGGUGUCAAUCAGUGAUAGAAAUGAUUAAAUUCUACUUGGAGGAUGUUUUACCGCGAGCCAGUAGCAAGGACAAAUCAGUGAAGUCAAGUGUCAGUAUCAUGAACGACAAGCUGCUAGACUUGAAGCAGACACUGAGGCGCUGUCACCACUUUUUGCCAUGUGACAGAAAAAGCAAAGCCAUCAAACAGAUUAAAGAAACAUAUAGUAAGAUGAAGGAACAUGGUAUCUACAAAGCAAUGGGAGAGUUUGAUAUUUUCAUUGACUACAUUGAGGAAUAUCUGUCGAACAAAAAGAAAUAGAAGAUCAUAAGUACUCUAAUUUCAUUC